AUGUUGUUCAAUUCGAUAUUUCUAAGCUUCAUUUCGCUGGCAAUCGUAGCCAAUGCUCAAGUUUCUGUUUUUGAUGCGCCAGCCCGCGGUUUUCAAUUUAAAGCAGCAAUCACUCAUAAUUGGGGCCAGUAUGCACCAUUUUUCGUUGCACCGUCAGCACCAUCGGAUUAUGAUUCCUCUGCUACCUUGCCAGGGUGUAGCAUUACGUUUGCCCAAGUCCUUCAGAGGCACGGGGCUCGAUACCCAACCGCUCAAACCGGGCGGAAAUUCUCGAACACGAUUCACCGACUCCAAACCUCACGUACCGGUAGUGGCGUAUUGAAUAACUACAUUAAAAACUACAAAUACAAUCUCGGAGUCGAGGAAUUGAAUGAUUUGGGCCGUCGGCAAACAGAGAACUCCGGGUAUUAUUUUUACCAAAGAUACCAAAAUCUGGCCAGAAGGAACGAACCAUUUAUUCGCUAUGAUGACAAAAAACGCGUGUUUGAUAGCGCAGAACUCUGGGCUAAGGGUUUCCAUCGAGCUUCUAUAACAGAUAAAGGCCGGGCUAGACCAGAAACCUUUCCCUACAAAGCUGUGGCGCUCCCUCACGGACAUGGGUUUAAUAAUACCUUGAACAAUAAAGCUUGCCCGAAAUUUGAAAAAUCUUACUCCAAAAAAUUCGAAAAGGAAGUGGUCGAUACAAUUAUGGCCGGUCUUAUACAACGCAUAAACUCGGAUUUCCAAGGUGCUGGGUUAACCGGUCAAGACGUUGUAAAUCUUAUGGGACUGUGCACCAUGGAAACAACGGCGAACUUCGAAAAAACUGGCCAACUUUCACCGCUUUGCAAUCUGUUUACGGAAGCAGAUUGGGUAAAAUAUGGUUACUUGUCCAGCGUGCAAAAAUGGUACAGAUACGGAAACGGUAAUCCUUUGGGCCCAACUAUGGGCGUGGGAUGGGUAAACGAACUUAUUGCACGAUUAACCCGAAGCCCAGUCCAAGAUCAAACCAGUACCAAUACGACACUUGACAGGAACCCGGAAACCUUCCCCCUACAAGGCAAAUUGUAUGCUGAUUUUAGCCAUACGGACGAUAUGAUAGGGAUUUACGCGGCGUUGGGGCUAUUUAACGCCCCGGCCUCUGGAACAACAAAAAUUCCCACCAAUAAAAUCGCAACCCCAAAGGAGCUUGGUGGAUUUUCAUCCAGUUUGGUAUCGCCUAUGGGUGCGAGGAUGUACGUUGAGAAAAUGAUUUGCACGGGACAUAAGGAAGAACUGGUGAGGGUUUUGAUUAAUGAACGGGUAAUGACACUUUCUAAUUGCGGUGCUGAUCGCAUGGGGAGGUGCACCCUUAGCAAAUUCAUUUUGAGCUUGGAUUUUGCUAGGAAUGGAGGGCGUUGGGAUCAAUGUUUUGCGAACAUUUAG